AUGUCGUCCACAGAUUUUUACAUACGUUACUACGUAGGCCAUAAGGGGAAAUUCGGCCACGAAUUUUUAGAAUUUGAAUUUCGACCAGAUGGCAAACUGCGUUACGCGAAUAACUCCAAUUACAAGAAUGAUACCAUGAUCCGUAAAGAGGCGUAUGUUCAUCACUGUGUUAUGGAAGAACUGAAGCGGAUAAUUCACGAUUCUGAAAUUAUGCAAGAAGAUGAUUCCUUGUGGCCGCAGCCUGAUCGUGUCGGCAGACAGGAACUGGAGAUAGUUAUCGGGGACGAGCAUAUUUCAUUCACUACAUCAAAAACCGGCUCUCUUGUUGAUGUGAACCAGUCAAGAGAUCCGGAAGGAUUGCGGUGUUUUUACUACUUACUUUUAUUCUACUUAGCCGACCUAGUUUAUUUGGAUGAAAGUAAUGUUUUGAGGGACUCAACUCAUGAUGAGUUUAUAGAUUCAAAAUCUGUCUGUAUGGCAAAGGAGAUUGAAGAAGAGAAAGUAAAAAAAUAG